UUUAAGAGGGGAGGAAACCAGAGUUAGUUGAGCAUUGCUAUGCCGGAGAGAGAAAAGAAGGAUCAGAGUAGAGGAAGCAAUUGCUUUGGUGGGGGGAGGCUCAUUAGAUGGAGAUGUCGACACCAAGGCCUCCCUUCCCACCCUGAGCCAACCCACUGGGGAAUUCCAGCUGCUGCCCAGAGGAAGGGAGAGGGGAAGGCAAGUGAGGGGGAGGAAGCAGGGUCACCAGGGCCCCACACCCAACAGCCUAAGGACAGAAACUGUACCCAGAAAGGAGCCUGGCCUGUGGGCCUGGAUUCUGGGGCACUGGAGGAGGCCUAGGACGGAGAGAGCCAGAGGGAGAGUUCGCACAGAGCCCGGUAUGUGGGGCUACCUGUCCCUGCUGCCUGCCUUCCUGGCCCUCUGGGCUAUCACUGGAGUCUGGACCGUUUUUGCCCUGGCCGUAGCCAACAGGUCUGUGAACCUCACCGAAGGUUUUCCCUACAUCAGCCUCUGUGGAUCUUACCCCCCUCAGAGUUGCAUCUUCAGCCAGCUGCUCAACAUGGGAGCUGCUAUGGCCGCCUGGAUCUGCAUCAUCCGUUACCACCAGCUCCGGGACUGGGGAGUCGGAAGAUGGUUUAACCAGGUGAUCCUGUGGACGGGGCUUCUGUGUGCCCUGGGCACCUCCGUGGUGGGCAAUUUCCAGCAAAAGAACCAGCUGCCCGUACAUCUGACAGGGGCCUUCUUUGCCUUAUUCGUGGGCAACCUGUACUUCUGGCUGCAGCUCUUUCUCUUCUGGUGGAUGAAGAGCCUGCCCCAACCUGGGGCCCCCUGGAUCAGGCCACUCCGCCUGGGCCUCUGCAGCCUCUGCACCAUCCUCAUGGUGGCCAUGGUCAUCCUCCACCACUGGCCGCUGCGCUCGGCCUCCGCUGCCUGCGAGUGGGCCAUCGCCAUGCUGCUGUUCAUGCUCUUCGGCCUGUUUGCGGUGGAUUUUUCCUGCCUGGACGGCUGCACCCUGUGUCUCCAGCCGGGCCCCAGCCUCAGCCCCCCACCGGCCUCCCCCAUCUCCCUGCAGGUCCCCCUGUGAAUGGCAGUCCGAUUGGUGUGGUUUGGCGCCAGUGCUGCGAUCAGGGCCACCUGGGAAGUGAGAGGCCAAGGCCAGCCAACCAUCCCUGCUCAAGGCUAUUUAUUAUUAUUAUUAUUAAUUUUUUUGUUUUUGUUUUGUUUUGCCGCCGGCGGAAUCAGAGACACGGACGCAGGCAGGGUCACGCGAAACCAGAAUUCCUUCCGGAGAGCAAAUCCGUACAGAAGGUUUUGAAGGGAGGGGAGAGCUGGGGAAGGGGGGGUGCCUGGGAAGGAGGAGUUGGGGACACAAGGACAGAUGGCCCUCUCCGUCCGGAUCUGCUAAGCCACCCCAACCAGCCCCCGUCCCUCCCCCCACCCCACCGAGAGAUUGAUCAAUAAAUAAAAUAAUAAAUUAAUCAAUAAAUAAAAUAGAAACAGCUCCCCCGCCCUCAGUUCCCCCCCAGAACCACCCCCCAUUGGGCACGGCCCCCUGAGCCCCAUCCCUGCAGGGUGAGGCUGGGUUUGUUGUGUCUCUCCCCUCCCUAUAUACUCCUUGGGCCCUAUUUACAGAUUCACAGUUAGGGGGCAGGGAAGGGGGGUUGAGGGGGUUUCCCUCCUUCCCUGGCCCCCUGGGGUCAGGGCAGAGGGGUCCCAUUGGUGGCCAGGAGCUUCUUGUCCUUAGCAGGGCCUCGGCGGGGAGAACUGGUCAGCUCUGGGUCUGGGCGGCUGGGUGGGGGCUGCAGGCUUCUGGGUGGGGUGCCAGCAGGCCGAGUCUGGGUCCCGUUUUUCUCAUCUGCGGAGGAAGAAGCAGUGUGGCCUCAGUAACCUCAAGGCUGCCAACCCCAAAGAAUAUGUUCCAGCAACAGCAUGGUGAGACCAGGGCCCCCAUCAUGGGACUAGAAGCCUGCAGAGAUGGCUGCCAGGAGGACUCACAUCUGCAGCCACACCUGGCAGCCUCAGGAUGGCGGGUCAUACAUUCUGGGCCCCCCAACCUCUGUGGCUUUGGAAACUGGGCCAAGUCAGUCCCAGAGGCCCACCUUCAGGGGGCAUUCUCAUAGACUCUGGCUAUGACAUCAUGCGCUAAGAGACAGCUUGUCACAGCAGCUAAUCAGAUUCGCAUCCCUAGAUUACAGCAAGAAGGAUUGGUCCCCUUCUGCUACCCUGGUUGUGGGGGUAGCACAGGAAACGUUCCCUGGCAACAGGGCCCAGGGGAGCCUAUAGUGGGUUGUUUUGCGGGGGAGGGGGGGUUUGAACAGAUCUGGAUGGUUGAUUACUCUUUUCCAGAACACAGUUUCAGAAUUUUUGUUAGCAGAAAAUCCCACAUCCCCGACACAGAGACUGGUCAUCCUCUUAGGGAUCCCCGGAGGUGCCCUCCCUAGCCACAAGGCCGUCUCAGGUUGGGAUGGCCUGGUUCCCUGGAUGGAGCUCAGGACCCAGCCUCUCUGAGAACCUGUGAUCCUUGCCCACAAACUGAAGCCCUGGGGCACCUGCUCAGCAGGAGGUCUUCCCUCCAGCCCACAGGAUAAAAGAAGCAGACAUCGGCUCCGGCCCCUGCCUCCCACCUGCCAGGGCCUGCACGGAGGGCUGGUCGUGAGUGCUCAGCAGCUGUGCCUGGAUGGUCUCUACAACUCGCUUGAACCGACGGCUGGGACCUGGAGGGGAGACGGACAUGGACAUGGAACUUGAGGACAGAGAUACUGAAGACACUCCCACCCUGUGGAACCCAGCAAAGGACUCUCUUCCUCUUGGUCUCAAUUUCUCGCCCUGUGUGGGGCCAGGCAUAAACCCACGCUUUGCAGCUGGGGCUGAGAAAGAUCGGCACUGAAAUAAUGAUGGGUGUGGUUUUCUGUUGAAAGAAGCUGUACUACUUGCUAGUUUCUAGUUGAGGCCAUGAAGAGCCAGAAACAUAAGAAAAAUAAAUGGAAAGUAAAACAAAAAACAAAAAACAAACAAAAAAAACCCCUUAAAAUCAA